UCGAAACCGUCGCGUGCCACAACCGGAUCACCACCAGAGCCCACCGAUUCCCUUACCACGAUGCGGCAGGGGAAAGGCCAACCAGACGAGAGACCGAUUGCCUUGUAGAGUAGUAGAUUUCAAACUCAAACCGAACACCAGAGAGAGAGAGAGAGAGAGAGAGAGGUAAAUCCGAGAGAGACGUUGGGAGCAUGCGGCGAUUGCGAGCGCCGCCCCCCUGAUCCGGAACUCUACCCCCGGAUUGCCCCAGCCCAGAUUCGCACGAUCUGUGUUCGUGUGUUUCACCAUCGGAUUGGGGGAAAUCAAGUGGUGGCAGCGGGUAGGCUGGUGGCGAGGUGGCUGCAGGUGGUGGUGGACCGGUAGAGCGCAAAUCCUCUGCUAAUGGAGAGCGCUGUGGCCUGCUGGGGAGCAGAUCAGUGUGCCCCGCCUCGCAAGGUUGUGGGCACCCGCUAAAUAGGAAACCUCAGUAUAAGGGUACAGUAUUUUAGUGUGUGUAACAGCUGGUAAAGGUGAAGGGGCAAGUUUUCUGAAACUGAAUAACUUGGGAGGGAUAUAUGUCUGACAUGAAUUCUGAUCAUGUUCUUGAGGUUCCUGACACUCCUGACCGAGUACAGCAGUCAACACGCCCUGAAUCAAGCUUUGUUCCCAGGAGGGACAUUACAGUGACGGCUGCUAAUCCAUCUCCACGUCACAGAUUUAUAUUUAAAACAAGACAUAAUUCCACGCAUGGUCCAUCAAGUCAAGGCGACGCUUGUAGUGUACGACCUGCACCUUCAGAUACUGACCAUAUAUUCAGACAAGCUGAAGUGGCACGGAUUCUGGCAUUAUCAGAAGAUCUUGAAGCGAAAUUGUCCUCACAAACAUUCAACAGGACUACAGGUACAUCCCUUGAGAAUGAAAAGAGGGCUGAAAAACGUGGCUUGGAUCAGAGAAGCGGCAUUUUGAACCACAUAAGUUGUAGUGACACUGGAGGAAGGAGCCCUAGCUGCCAAAUUAGAGAUGGGGAGGUUAGUCAGCGAGAUGCAAAUCAUCGGAAUGCGAACUUCCUUGGUGUGAAAUCAGGUAUUCCUACUAUCCCAGUGGGAAAACCACAAAACAGAACAGGUACUAGCACCACUAAUAGGCUGAAGGUUGUAGCAGACGCUGAUGUUUGUUCAGGAUCGGGUUCCAGGGAUGUCAAAGGGGAAGUGAUCGCUAACAAGGCCAUCACAGGACCCUCUAGGCCUCCAUGUGUUGUUCCUCAAAGGCAUGUGGGUCAAAAAAAGCUGGUCCGCAAUGGUUGCAUUUCUCCCUCUAACAUAGCCAAAAGAAGUGUAAAAGUUGGUGAAAAGAGGGAAAUGUGCUCUCUAAGUGGAGUUUUACACCAUCCACAUCCUCAGCUUGAUGUUUUUGGCAAAGACGACGUGAUUGAUCUCACUGAUAAUUCACCAACAACAAGGCAAGGAAGUGCAGUAAACAAUAGAUUGAUCUCUGCAAACAGUAUGGACACAAGAGUGGCCAAAAAGUUGAGAACUGACAGAGCUGGAGAGAUUUUGAUUCCACCGCCGGAAUAUCAUGCAAACAGCAGCAAUAGUUAUGGAGUUAGUUUAUCACAUCGCAACAACAAAGGAAAAGAAAUUAGCCAUGAUAUCUUGGACAGUAAGUGUAUUGGAGAGGCUAAUACGCGGAGGGUUUGUCUAAGUGCUGCAGGAACUUCUCCUGUGGUAAACAACAACAGCUCUGGUAUAAAUCCUGAGCAAGGUUGGAGAACAACACAUAAUCACACAAGUAAAAUACCCAUUUCAUUAAUGGGUAAGUCGACCAGUAGUUGCGGACAGGAAUCAGGAUCUUCCGAACCAUCUGAUCAAGAUCCUGGAUCUGCAGGAGGCAAUAAGAACUCUAUUAGUGGAGCACCCACAGCACGGGCUCAAAGUUUGGGAAAUAAAACAAUAAGGAUUGGUAGAGGAAGGAGGAAACAUGCCUCAAGCUCUUUUCAUCCUGGUGAAAGCUCUAGUGCUCUUAAUGAACCUAGAGGUUCGUUUCUUGCAUCAUCAACAACAACAGCUGGCAGAAAUCACACCACUCAUCGACAUGAUAUUCCUGUUAUAACCAUCGAUGACAUAUUCCCUGAAGUUAGACCUAGUUCGAGUGGAUACAGUAAUGAAACCUCUUUUGAUCCUACCAUACAAGCACAGUUAGAGUCUGAUGAGUUACUGGCUUGCCAACUUCAGGAGCAGUUUUACAAUGAAUCUCCUCAUGUUGUCCCUACAGAAGAGAUUGAUGCAGUCAUAGCAAUGUCACUUCAAUACGAAGAAGGUGCACAUCGGACAUCUAGAGCUGUUAGGCGAUCUCGAUACAAUACUAGAGGUGCCCAGGCAUCCGGUCCAAAUGCUUCUCAGAAUGCUGUUGAGAGGGCAAACAAUAUGAUUUCCCGUCUGCAGAAUGCUGCCUCAAUAACUUUGGGAUUGGGAGCUGUUUUUGCCAGAUAUCCUGGUACUCCACACAUUCAACCGAACAUUGAUUUAAAUGACUACGAUGCACUCCUUGCACUAGAUGAAAAUAACUACCAGCACACUGGUGCUUCAGAAAGUCAGAUCAAUAAUUUGCCACAGUCAGUAGUUCAGCAGUCGAAUAGCAUCGAAGAGCCCUGUGCAGUCUGCCUUGAAAAUCCCUCUGUUGGAGAUACUAUCCGCCAUUUGCCAUGCUUUCACAAGUUCCAUAAAGAGUGUAUCGACGAGUGGCUGAGAAGAAAGAAACUAUGUCCAAUCUGCAAGUCUGGGAUUAGAUAAGAAACUCUGAAACUAUGUCCAAUCUGCAGUGUAUCUUCAUUCGCAGUUUUGUAGCGACGAGAUGCUUUGUGGGCUUAGCCGCACCAUUCUAUUGGCAUGAUGGGCAUAGCUAAUUAGAUGCUUGUGAUAUGUGUUGCGUGGUUUAAUUAUAAAGUGCGGUUCUUCCUCAUGUG